UCUCAGUGUGGUACAUUGCCACUGUCAACUUCAAAGUUCAUACUCAAAAGCAGCACACAUGGAAUACGAAUGAAUCUCGGUAGAGGAAGAAUUUUAAAGAAGAAUAAGACACGCACUUAAGGACAAAGGCAUUUACAAUGCUUGAUGAUAAUGAUAUCACCAUCAACCUGCUCUUGCUGGGAAGGACCCAGAGUGGCAAAAGUGCUCUUGGGAAUAGUCUUCUGGGGAGUUCAGACUUUGACAGCCACCUGUCCCCCAGCUCGGUGACUACAUCUUGCAGCUUUGGAUGCAGCUGUCGCAUCACAGGCAUCACACGGCGAAAUGGCUGUGAACUCUCUCUUCGGGUUCAUGUACUCGACACGCCAGGCUAUUCUCAUAGCAGCCUGAGCAAAGAACAGGUGGUGCAAACUGUAAAAACAGCUUUGGAUCAACACUUCAGAGAUAAGGGCCUUCACUUAGCCCUCUUGGUCUUGAGAGCUGACUUGCCUCUUUGCAAAGACGAGAAUGACCACACAAUUCAGAUGCUACAGGAACUUCUGGGUCCCACAUGGAAGAAUUUCACUGCAGUCUUUCUUACCCAUACAGACAAGGUAGAAGAGGCUGGAUUUAGUGAAGAGGAGUACUUACAUGCUGCCUCAGAUACCCUGUUAACACUCUUGAGCUCAGUACAACACAAAUAUAUUUUUGUAGAAAACAAGGCGCACACACUCAAACAGAAAAGAGUAACAAUCUUAAGGAAAAUCAUGGAUUUUAUAAGACAAAACAGUUACCAGGUAACUUCUAUUUAGAUAAGCAGUGACAAAAAGAAAUAACUUCAGGCAUUGAAAAGAAUUCAAUGGGAAGACAACUCUUAAAACCUAGUCAUGAAUACUUCUGGUGUCUUCAUGUCCAAACCAAUGCUUAUGCCUCUUUACCACAGAUAAAAUAAACUGUUUAGGCUACAAAAGUAAUUAUUAUUAGUAUUUAUAGUAUGCCUAUAAGCGUGGUAUCCACAAGCCAUGACACACUCAGAUAAUAGGUUGAGUUACAAACAGUGCUUUUAAUUUUGUGCUAUUAUGUACUUAGUCACAGAUAUACUAUACAAUAUGUUUAUCUUGCACUUCAGAAGGAGUGCAAGACUGAGAAAAAUAAAGAUUGUGCAUGCUCUUAACUACUGUCAUGCUGCUAUGCACUAGCAUGCUGCCACAUUCUACCUCCAAAGUGGCUGUGGCACACUAGUGGAAGAAGUGUUUAUUACAUUUUGCUCUUAACUCUGCAGUCUUCACAGAGACAAAUUCCUUUGAAGCCCAUGGUUUGUGGAGUUUUCAAAUCCUGAAUGUUGAAAGCUGCAUGAUGUAAAUUUUUCUCAACAUGUUUCAUAAUGAAUUAAAUUAAAUAGUGUGAACUUCUCAAAAAUGUCUGUUUAAUAAGACCUCGUUAGAUAUAUAGUUGAUAAGAUAGUUGGCUCCCAAAUGCUAAAGAUUUUUCAGCGCAUUUAAAAGAAUUACUUAUUUCUGGUUGUUCCCACAUGUACACAAAAUUAGCAUGGUUAUUCUACAGUAUACAGGCAUAUACAAACAUUAAAAAAAAACCCCAAAACACCUGUUCAUCUCGUUUGCAUUGGUUUCUUUUAAUUUAAUAUCCUUGUCCUUUUGCUGUUUUUCCAGCUUACUAGAUAGAGUUCAAAGCCUAGGAAAUUCAGAGAGACUGAAAAAUUAACUUUAUUGUUUAAGUGGUUAGACAGUAGACAUCAAAUUAAUUAAAUGCUAGAUUUUAAGACAUACUGAAAUGUACCUAAUCAGUUAGUGAGGGUUAUUUAAAAGUUUAGUUGUGAACUGAUUUAGUUUUGUCGUUGUCAAUUCAUGAAAAGACACGAAUUAUGAAAACUAUCAAUUUAAGUUCAUCAUACUAAUUGAAGCUAGUUUUAACAUCAUGAUGUGAUGAAUUACAGCAUAGUCUAAAGUAUUAAAAUUGAUUAGCUAUUCCUAUUACAGUGAAGUAUGUGUUUUGUAUAAAAUGUUACUAUGUCCAAAGAAAUUUGAUGGAGACGUUAGAAAAUAAAAAUGGUUUCACUCUUA